UCGGCGCUGGGGCCAGUGGCGGAGGCGACGGGCUCGGCGGAGCGGUUGCCCGUUGCGGCCCCGUCUUUCUCCUUUCGUCGCGCCGGUGCCCGCCGUUUUUUCUCAUCCGCCCUCGGGACAGACAGGCCCUGUGAGCAGCUCGUCUUUCUGUGCAUCCAGACAGGUGGAGCUGCUCAUCCUGCUAAGGUUCCAUAAAGCUGUACUAUGAAUGGUGAUUCUGGUGCGGCGGUGGUGACCUCACCACCUCCAACAACAGCCCCUCAUAAAGAGAGAUAUUUCGAUCGAGUUGAUGAAAAUAAUCCAGAUUACUUGAGAGAGAGGAAUAUGGCACCUGACCUUCGCCAGGAUUUUAACAUGAUGGAACAGAAGAAGAGAGUCUCCAUGAUUCUUCAAAGCCCAGCUUUUUGUGAAGAAUUGGAGUCUAUGAUCCAGGAACAAUUUAAGAAGGGGAAGAAUCCAACGGGUUUAUUGGCUUUGCAGCAGAUUGCAGAUUUUAUGACAACAAAUGUGCCAAAUGUCUACCCAGCAGCACCACAAGGCGGAAUGGCUGCGUUAAACAUGAGCCUUGGCAUGGUGACACCAGUGAAUGAUCUCAGGGGGUCUGAUUCCAUUGCUUAUGAAAAAGGGGAGAAGUUAUUACGAUGUAAAUUGGCGGCUUUCUACAGAUUAGCAGAUCUCUUUGGCUGGUCUCAGCUUAUUUACAAUCAUAUAACAGCCAGAGUAAAUUCUGAGCAGGAGCACUUCCUCAUUGUACCUUUUGGACUUCUUUACAGUGAAGUUACUGCCUCCAGUCUGGUUAAAAUCAAUAUUCAGGGAGAUGUAGUUGACCGUGGAAGCACUAACUUGGGAGUAAACCAAGCUGGUUUUACUUUGCACUCUGCAAUUUAUGCAGCUCGACCUGAUGUUAAAUGCAUUGUUCAUAUUCAUACCCCAGCAGGGGCAGCGGUUUCUGCAAUGAAGUGUGGCCUAUUGCCAAUAUCACCUGAAGCCCUUUCUCUAGGGGAAGUAGCUUAUCACGACUACCAUGGUAUCUUAGUGGAUGAUGAAGAAAAGGUGGUUAUUCAGAAAAACUUGGGACCUAAAAGCAAGGUCCUUAUUCUAAGAAACCACGGCUUAGUAUCAGUUGGAGAGACUGUUGAGGAGGCUUUCUACUAUAUUCAUAACCUAGUGCUUGCCUGUGAGAUCCAAGUACGUACUCUGGCCAGUGCAGGUGGACCAGACAAUUUAGUACUGUUAGAUCCUGGAAAGUAUAAAGCCAAGUCUCGUUCCCCUGAGUCUCCAUCAGGUGAUGGUUCUGUAUCUCAUCCGAAAUGGCAGAUUGGUGAACAGGAAUUUGAAGCUCUUAUGCGAAUGCUCGAUAAUCUGGGUUACAGAACUGGCUAUCCAUACCGAUGCCCUGCUCUGAGAGAGAAAUCUAAAAAGUACAGCGAUGUUGAGAUUCCAGCUAGUGUCACGGGUUACUCCUUCACUAGCGAUGGCGAAUCAGGCACUUGCUCCCCCCUCAGACACAGUUUUCAGAAACAGCAGCGAGAGAAGACAAGGUGGCUGAACUCUGGCCGAGGGGAUGAUGCUUCUGAAGAAGGGCAGAAUGGUGGCAGCCCCAAGUCGAAGACUAAGUGGACUAAAGAGGAUGGACAUAGAACUGCCACCUCUGCUGUCCCUAACCUGUUUGUUCCAUUGAACACUAAUCCAAAGGAGGUCCAAGAAAUGAGGAACAAGAUCCGAGAGCAAAAUUUACAAGAUAUUAAAACUGCAGGCCCUCAGUCGCAGGUUCUUUCUGGUGUAGUUGUGGACAGGAGUCUUGUACAGGAUGCUCCCCUCUCAGACUGUACGGAAUCUAUUGAAGGGCUCGAUCUCACAGAGCAGGCCUUUAGUCCCGCUAAAUCUCUGUCUGUUAGAAAGGGAGAACUGGUGACUGCUUCGAAGGCAAUAAUUGAGAAGGAGUAUCAGCCCAAAGUGAUAGUGAGCACAACAGGACCAAACCCCUUCAACAAACUCACUGAUCGAGAGCUGGAGGAAUAUCGCAAAGAAGUAGAAAGGAAGCAGAAGGGACCAGAAGAAAAUGUAGGAACCCCUGGAGACUCUUUAUGUUCAGUUACGCAAGUAUUGGAUUCUCUGGGGACUGGGAUCACACGUGUCAGCCAAGAAGAGCCAGAUGGGCUGAAUUCCUCCCUUAAGGAAUUUCACACGGCAGUGAUCAAAGCAUUAAGGUCCAAUCCUGACCUUUUGGCUCAGGCCUCAGAACCUUCAGAAGACGGCAGACAACAGAAGGAGAGAAGCCCCCCUGAGCACAGCUCAGCCUGCACGCCCCCAAGCACCCCCAUGAAGGCAGAGGAAGAGACACAGCAGGACCAGACCUACAGAGAUGACAGUGAUGCUGCAACUUUGAAGCAAACCCUCCCAGAUCUCACCCCUGAUGAGCCUUCAGAAGCACUCAGCUUCCCUCCCUUAGGAAAGGAGGAAGGGAGAUGCGAUGAAGACGUGUCCAAAAGCCAAACAGAAUCACCUGCGGCAGCAGAUAAGGAACCCCAGCCUCAGCCUGCUGAAGAACCAGCGACUCCAACAGCUGAGGAGGGGACGGCAGCUGAUGCAGGUAGUGAUGAAUCUCCAGGAAAGUCCCCAUCGAAAAAGAAAAAGAAGUUUCGCACUCCUUCCUUCCUGAAGAAGAGCAAAAAGAAGAGUGACUCCUAAAGGCCAAACACUGCAGAAACACUGUCAUAUUUUAAAAUUCAUUAACCACUAGAAUGUACCAGAUUGUACUGAGUGUUUUGUCUUAUUAUGUACAUGAAUGCAACAAGUAAUCCAACUAGCCCCUCAAGUUAUGGCUUGAUCGUUUAAGGUUAUAACCAGAAAUUAACAUCCAAAAAGGUGCUAAUCCUGUGUUUUCAGCAGCUACCACCGAUCUGAUCCCUAAUUUCUAAGCAAAUAUAAAUGACUUCCAUGUAGAGGCAUUGAAUCACUGUUUAUACCUUAAAGCCUACACCGCUUUACGGAAGGAUAAAACCAAGCUUUUGCCAUUAAGAGUGCAACACAAAUUGCUUACCAUGAGCAGCGUUCUGUUUCAAAAUUCUGCUCCAAGUCAUAAGUAAAUUUCUUCUUAACUGGUGACUUCUAGCAAGGAUGCUUUUGCAGUGGUGUUUUCAGGGGAUGUGCUCUCGAACUGACAUGUAAGCUUGCAAUCUUGUGAUUACUGAUCAGGUAGCAGUAAAGCUUUGUGACCAUCCAUUCCUUCCUCACUCUUUCCCCACUUCUGACUACAGUAACAAAAUGGAAGUGUUUCUCACUUACACCUGGCGCUUGAAGCCAUCCUUGUGUAGGACUGAAGUAACUGCGCCAUGUGUGUUGAUGGAGCCCUCUGUCCAGGGAUUGCAGCUUGAGGGAAAUCAGUCCUCGGCUCCCUGAGAAUCUGUCAGAUGGUGAUUUGGCUGUUGGGUGCAGUGAAAAGAUCAGUCUGCGGUGAUGCGAAGCCCAGACGGCUGCAUUUUAGGCCUUAGCACAGAUUUGUUCCACCUGUUCAAAAAUACCCUGGGUGCAGGUGCAGACCUGCUGCACAGAAACCCCAUCUGCAGCAUUUUGCAACUAUUUCUUCCUGUGAUAAAAAUGUAAAUGUGUUACACUGAGCAUUGAACCUUGUUUCGAUAUUAUUUUCACUUACAAAGAACCUCACAACUGGUAUUUCUUUAUUUUGUUGUUCUUGUUGCCAGCAGUAAAGGACAGGAAUUCCAGCUAACCUUCUUAAGGAUGUAUUUUCACAGAUGUUUGCUAUAAAUGUUUGUUUAGUACGUAGCAUGGUGAAGAAACUCACUUUCACUACUGAAUUAACUCUUCUCCAGUUACUGCCAUGCUCUAUCACUAAUAGGGUAAGUAGUCUCAAGAUGAGAGGUGAGGCUUGCAGGAAUCCCCCAGGCGCUGUCACUGCCCCAGCCCCAAGCAGGGAAGGUCGCUCCUCGCCUCCCAGUGGCAGCAUUCCUGGUUUUAAAGCAGAAACGUUGAGAACUCCUGCGUGGGAGAAGGCAGCGCUUUGGCUCGCAGCGUGCAGCAAACAGGGUGGGUGUUCACUGCAGGACGACGUCGAUAGGAAGAAUAGCAGAGAACUUAAUGCCUUACAAUUCACGUAGUAGAAAGCAUCGCAGAAGAGAUGGGUUCAGCAGCUGGGGGUUAGAAAGGCCUACAUUAGGCCUGGGGCGUCGGUACCUUGGGUUGGCUUCAGGCAGCGAAGGGAAAACGGCAGAAAUGGCAAUCAGAGCUGUAAGGCUUCAGGUGAGCAAAGAGCUUUCCAAGUAGUCUUGAAUGCUGUGAGGAAUGGAGCUUUGCCUGUUUGGGGUACGGUGGGAACUGAAGCAGCAGUAACUCACUGUGCAGAGAGACCCCUAAACAGCAAUGUUUAGUCAGGGCUGCAUGGCACUAAUGGCUUUCAGCUUGUACUUUAACCUUGUAUGUCCUCUGUACACUAGGAAGCAUACAAUACUUAUUUUGCUAAAUUGUGUUUUAUUGCAGGGUCGUAAUUAAAUUACUAAUUGCUCUAUGUUUCAGUUCAGUAAUGGAGUCCCUCCAUUUAUCUUUGACCACAUAUGCAAUGACUUUUAAUUUCAAAUUUUGUAGUUUGUUCUUUUAAUUCUUUGUAUUACAAAUGAAACGUAGUCAUGUAUGGUAUGGUUACACACUCUGGGGCAAAUUAAAGUCCUGUAUUUUUCUUUUUCUUGUAUCAAUUAAGUUCUACUCACAAAUAAAACUCUUUAAAAAAAGCA